AUGGGCCAGUGCGGUUGCAACCGGCAUGAUGCACCAACUAAGAGGAGGAGUUCAAAAAAAGAAGACAACGCGGAGUCCGCCUUACUGAACGAGUCGCGGCGCUUCAUUCUGGAACGAACCAAGGCCAAACGUGGACCACAGGGGGUUGAGCUGGGUUGGUUGAACUUUAUGGUGAAAAAGCUUUGGCCAAAGCUCAGCAAGGCGUGUACUGCUAUUAUCAAAGAAGAGCUCCAACCCAAGCUUCAAGCUGCCGUGCCUGCAGUGCUGAGUGGGAUCUAUUUCAAGAAGUUGGACUUCGGAGAUCAGCAUCCCCUGCUGGGUCCAGUUGGGGUCGCUCAUGGGAAGCAGAACCAAUACGAUGGCCUCGAGCUUGAUGUGAAGAUGGUGUGGAAUUGCAACGCCGAGGUUGUGCUGGAGGUCCAAGGUAUUGAGAUUGGUUUGGAAAAGAUUCGCAUUGAUGGGACCGUCCGGCUGCAGUUGCGACCUUUGCUAAACCAUUUUCCAACGAUGGGAGGUCUGCAGAUCACCAUGAUGUCUCCGCCGACCUUGAACUGGGGCUUUCGCGGUCUCCUCGGGGCCUUACAGCUCGAUGUGCUUUCACGCGUGAUGCGCCAGGUGGUAGCAGACCAGAUCUCCGAGUUGCUUGUGGUUCCGAACCUUGUUUUUGUUCACUGGAUGGACUCUUACGACGACGUGGACCUCGAAGUGCUGCAGUUCCCCCAUCCCGAGUGCAUCGUGCGUCUCUGUGUGAGAGAGGCUCGAAACUUGAGAGGCUCCGACUGGAACUAUUUCGGCUUCAAGGGCACUUCGGAUCCCUAUGUGUCGGUGCACUUGGGCUCGCGCCUCUGGCAGACUCCGAAGAAGACUCGGACACGGAACCCCAGAUGGGGCGAUGCAGGCUGCGAGGAUUUCUUCGUGUACACGCCAAGCCAGUUCGUCAAGGUUGACGUCUACGAUGCGGACAUCGGGCCAGGUACGGAUGACCACCUCGGCCACGUUGCAGGUUUGAAGGUGGAGGACUUGCUCAACUCCCCAAGCCAGUGGUGGCCUUUGUCGGGACGCAAAGGAAGAGAGGCUCAGCCGGGGACGGCUUCCCAAGACAACUCGUAUGGGGAGGUCUACAUCCAGGCUCGGUUCUUCGAGCUGAGGAUGCAUCGAUCGAAUAUUCCACAGCAAAUUGGAGGGGCGGAUGCCGAAGCGUUUGUUUUCAUCGAUCUGCGCAGCUUGCGCGGCUUGCAGCAGAAGCAGGCUCAAGGGGCGACGAUUACCUUGAAGCUGGAGGGGAACACCCGCAAAAGCAGAGGUGCCACAUAUAAGGCGACAACCUACGGCUCUGCACUGACCGCGUCAGCCCAGAGACUUGUGGAACACCUUCAAAACUCCCAGGGCAAGUCCGUCGAGGAAAUCAUGAAGAUCUCAGGACUCAGCAAAGAGCAGGUUUCUUCGGUAGUUCAAGCACGGCCUUCUUUCACAACGCGAUGGCACCAACCCUUCUCCUUCCCUAUAAGGGAUCUGGACUCCGCACAGUUGGAAAUUUGGCUUGGAAUCCGGCGCCCGCACAUUAAGAAUUUGGCGCUGCUGAAAAAGCCCAUCUGCCUCAAGGAUUUGGUGGACAACGGCAAGUGGCAACUGGACAAAGCGCUUGUCCUUGAGCCGGACGGAAAAGAAGGUGCCAGCCUAUUGCCUGAAACGCUGGAGCUCAGCUUGCGAAUAACGUUGCGGAGCUUGUCUCUAUCCACGUCUGACGUGUCUUCUGAACCUCAGAGCUCCACUGCCAGUCCUCGCAGUCAAAGUGCCCAGGGUGCAAGUGCAGCGGAAUAG